CAAACCUAGCCCCUGAAAUAGAGCGGUGAAGGCAAGAGAAUGGAGACUCAAACUGCUUCACACAAGAUGGAAGUAGCGAGGGAAAAAGAAGAAGAAGAGAUGGCAGCUCCUACUGCUUCAGAGAAUAUGGAAGUAGAGAUGGAAAAGGAAGUAGAAGAAGAGGAUAUGGCGUCUCCAACUGCUUCACAGAAGACAGUUUCUGAUGAUGAUGAAAUAGACUAUUCUGUCAAGCCAGAGUUCUAUGAUCCAAAACUUGAUAAUAAAGAUGAGUUAUGGGUUCAGAAGGAAAGAAAAGGUCGUGAUUCUGAUGCUGUUCUUACUUGCCCUGCUUGUUUUACGACUCUUUGCUUAGAAUGUCAAAGGCAUGAAAAGUACCUUACACAAUACAGAGCCAUAUUCAUUGUCAACUGCAAGAUUAAGAUCAAUCAAGUUCUACGGCCAAGUAAUCAAAAACCAAAGACAAGUAAGAAACGUGGAAGAGAACGAGGUGGAAUUGAUGAAGUGGGUGCCUCAACUAAGGAAACAUUUAAGCCUGUGUGUUGCGUAGUUUGCUCGACAGAAGUCGGUGUCAUCGACGAAGAUGAGGUUUAUCAUUUCUUCAAUGUUCUUCCUGGUGAGUCGUAACUUUCUUGAUGAUUUACAUUUCACAGAAAUUUAACUUGUUUAAGCCCAAUCUCAGAAGUUAGUUGUAGUAUGUAUACUAAGUUACUAACACAGUUACACUGCAUUUAUAUGAAAAAAGAAGAAACAGAACAAGAUACCCCAAAACUCAUUUUUCUUAGUGCCGUUUCUUGUUUUAUUGUUCAUCUGGUUGUAUGAAUUUGCGUUGUAUAUCAAAAUAGUCUGUGCUAGAUGUAGUUAUGAUAUGAUAGGUUCUGGCUCUUUAUCAAGUAAAUGUCCUGAAAUAUGAAACCAGAACUCAGGUACACUAUGGUGCCAGUUCUUCUGUCAUAAUCUCGUUUCUUUGCGAAUGAAGGAUUGAAGGGUUUCUUCUGUG